AUGUCAGGUGACACAGAAGAAAUCGCGCACGCAAUUGCAGGUGCUGGAGGUGGUGCAUUGUCAAUGAUUGUGACAUACCCAUUGGUGACUUUAUCCACCUUAGCACAAACCAAGGCUAAAAAGAAGGAAGAAAAACAAACCGAGGCUCAAAUUGAAGCAGAAGUGCACCACUUGUCACAAUUGAAUGCCAAACAAAAGUUUGCCCAUAAUUUCCACAACAACAGCACCGUGUUGGCCGCCAAAGAGAUCAUCAAGGAGAAAGGAGUUUUGGGAUUAUACUCAGGUUUAGGAAGCGCAAUUUACGGAAUCACCUUGACUAAUUUUAUCUACUAUUAUUUUUAUGAGUUGACAUCGAACAUCUUUUUAAAAGCUAAUAAGGCCAACAAGAGAAAGGCAGGAUUGUCAACUAUUCAAUCUAUCAUAACUGGUGCUAUUGCCGGCGCUAUCACAUCAGUUGGAACGAAUCCAAUUUGGGUCGCAAACACCAGAAUUAUGACGGAGAAGAAGCAAAAGGGUGAGGGUAACGUUUCGAAUUCGACCUUAAAGACGAUUUUGGAAAUCAUUGAAAAAGACGGGGUUGGAACUUUGUUUGCUGGUGUUUUUCCAGCCUUGGUUUUGGUGUUGAACCCUAUUAUUCAAUAUACCAUUUUUGAGCAGAUAAAGAAUGUUAUUGUUGCUGGUGGGGGACAAAAAUCAUUCACUGCUAUCAAGGCUUUCUUUAUCGGUGCCUUUGGUAAAUUGGUAGCCACAACAUUGACUUAUCCAUACAUAACCUUGAAAUCAAGAAUGCACAUUAGGAAAAAGGUGUUGAAAGAGGAAGGCAAAUCUGCUGACGAAAUUCCAAACUUGUCCAUGUAUCAAGAGAUUAAAAAGAUUAUUCACGAAGAAGGAUUUGAGGGAUUGUAUGGUGGAUUGGUUGUUAAGUUGAUUCAAAGUAUUUCAACUGCCGCAUUCCUUUUUUACUUUAAAGAGGAAUUGUUGGUUGGAAGUGUCAGAUUGGUUGAGAUACUCAAAGUGUUGAGCUUAAAGAAGAACAAAGUCGUCAGGGCUUAA